AUGGAGCCCGGGCCGAAGCCCAAUGCCACGUUCCCCAGCCAGCUCACAGCCUCUGCCGACCAGCGGCUCCGCCUCGUCUUUGCUGGGCUCUGCGGCCUCAUCCUGCUAGUGGGGUUGCUGGCCAACGUGCUCAUGCUGCUCGUGGUGGGCCGGGGCCCCGCGGCCCUCCGCCCGCUCCUCGCCCUGACCAACAGCCUCAUGGUGAACAUCACGCUGUCCGACCUGCUCUUCCUGGCCUGCGUGGUGCCCGUGCUGCUGCUCAGCUUCCUGCGGCAUGACUGGUGGCUGGGCCCCGCCAUCUGCACCACCAGCCAGGCCACCAACACCGCCACCAUGUUCUGCACCUUCUACAGCAUGGUGGCCACGGCUCUCCUGCGCCACGUGGCCGUGGCCUGGCCCGGCGUGGCUCUCCCAGCUGGCUGGGGCUCGAGGCUGCUGCUCUGCGGUGCCAUGUGGGUCCUGGGGAUCACCGCGUCGCUGCCCAACUGGCUAUUCCAGCGGGUGGUGGUGGAGGAGGCAGCGGCGGCAGCAGGGGCCCCCGAGGAGCGGGCCUGCCUCAUGCUCCUGAGCCCUGCUCGGACCUCCUGCUACUUCACCCUGCUGGGAGCCCUGGCCUUCCUGCCCUGCGUGCUGGGGCUGGGCUGCUCCUUCAGCCAUGUGGGCUGGCUCCUGGGGACCCGGCCCCAUGGCCCUGUUGGGGAGAGCUUCCGGGAGCACCGAGAGAACACGGGGCUGAUCCUUGUGGUGCUGGGGGUCUUUGUGCUGAUGUGGGGGCCCUGCUCUGUGCUGGGCUAUGUGGCAGCUGUGGGCGGCCUGCCUGCCACCCCAGUGGCUUUUGUGGCCUCCAGCCUGUGCACCAUCCUGGCCUACUCCAACUGUGCCGUCAGCCCCCUCCUCUGCUUCUACCUCUCCCGCCCCUUCCGGGCGGGUCUCAGGAGCCUCUUCUGCAGACCUCGGUGGGGCGAGGGAGGGGCUGCCAUGGUGAUGGGCAGUGUCCGGCCUGCCCAGGACCUGGCCUCAGGGGGCCUAUGGGUCCUGGGGGGGAGAUGGUCUGAGAGGCUAGGUUGA